AUGGUUUCAACAGACGGCAUUGUCGAAAAUAUUCCGCGGCUUUACGACCCUCUUUCCAUCAGCCUCAUCAUCUCUACGGACACAAUGGCCAGCCUCAAGGACAUGCGACGGGUGGACCUCGUCGUCCCCUACCAGCAGCCCCAACCCCGACCCGACGAGGUUGAGUUCUCCUCGACCCUAUCCUCGACCCUCCCCAUGGCGGCCAUGAUGACUCGGAACCGCUUCGUCGGCUGGGCCUCGUUCGUCUUCAGCCUCCAGACCUGGCUCGGCCAGAGCGAACAGACAAGGAGGAACGCCAGUAUGCCCGGCUACUUCUCCGCCGCCAUGGCCUUCCUUGCCCUCGCCAUCGUGUACCUCCCUCUCUUCCUACCUCCCGCCGCCAGGCAAAGCAUGCCGCUUACUCCGUAA